GGUUGGCUCACUACUCAUUUGAGUGGGAGUAGCAUUAGGGAUUAGCGAAUAGCAAUUGGCAUUCACUUGAACUUAAAAAGACAAAAAAAAAGGAUCCGAAAUGGCAACUCCGGUGAAAGUGUACGGACCUCCAUUGUCGACGGCGGUGUCCAGGGUGUUAUGUUGUCUCUUGGAAAAACACGUUCACUUCGAACUCAUUAAUAUCGACAUGGCAAAAGGUGAACACAAGUCUCCUGAUUAUCUCAAAAUUCAGCCUUUUGGUCAAGUUCCAGCUUUUCAGGAUGAAAGCAUUACCCUCUUUGAAUCCAGAGCAAUUUGCCGUUACAUAUCAGAGAAAUAUGCAAGCCAAGGAAACAUAAAACUGUAUGGGACGAACCCAUUGGAGAAAGCAUCAAUAGAACAGUGGAUUGAGGCAGAAAGCCAGAGCUUUAAUCCUCCAUCAGGGGUCCUCGUUUUUCAGCUAGCAUUUGCUCCGCGUAUGAACAUCAAGCAAGACGAAGGCCUAAUUAAGCAGAACAAAGAAAAGCUGUCGAAGGUGCUUGAUGUCUAUGAUAAAAGGCUAGGUGAGAGUCGCUAUUUAGCUGGAGACGACUUCUCCUUAGCUGAUCUAUCGCACUUGCCUAACACGCACUAUUUAGUGAACGGAACUGAUGUGAAGGAACUGUUGAUGUCAAGAGAGAAUGUAGGAAGAUGGUGGGAAGAGAUUUCAAGCAGGGAGUCAUGGAAGAAGGUUGUUGAGAUGCAGAAUUCUUCUCUUCCUAAAAAGCCUUAAGUAGAGCCGAAUCCGAACAUGAUCUUUGUAGGGGCGUGUCAGGGAAGAAAAUUUAAGAUACAAAGCUCAUCUAUUCCUAAAAGAGCUUGAGGUUUAGUAGUCUGACACCGAUGUUAGUGAUCCUUCAUUUGAAUUAUAUGGGAAUUGUUUUGAUCAUCAGAAAUCUACAAUCUGUCUGUUAUGAUGAUGUUUGUUCAUUUUUAGAUCAUUUGGUAAAAUCAAUAAGUUUCUGACUGUUAGCAAUUAGCAAGCAACCUUAGUCAUUGCUGAUUGCUGAUGCAGGAUUUUUUAUGGAUUUUUUCAUUGAUUUAUUUUGAUUCACAUAGUUAAUUUCA